UUCCCUACAUAAGUCUUUUCCUCUCUCCCUGGCAAGCAUGAUCCUUUAACUUUCUCCUGAAUCAUACAAUAUCACGCAGCUGCGGGUAUUUUCUACAACCCCAUACGAACUUCCCAAUCAGAAAGCUUCAGUCUCAUCCAAAUCCUCACCCUAAAAAAAUCCUACUUGCCCUACCGUUACCAACAACUGUACUAGACCAAAUGUCAACUGUUUUACAUAUAAGGAAAUACUUCAACCCCAACUACCAUACGAGCUCUCCUUCAUCGCCUCAUCCUGCUGUUUGAUUUGUCAGCAGUGACAUUUUCCUCCAACAAGCGCACGGAACUUGGGGUCUGGAGGGCGCUUUGAAUCUACACCAAAAUAGCAAAACUGUCUCAAGUAUUUAAUACCUCAUAAUUGUCCUUCGAAACUUGGUCCAAGCAAUUAUUCAGACUCAAACUACUCGUACAACUGGUAUUCAAGUCAAAUAUUAAAGGGGAUUCUUCGAUUCGAUUUGGAAUUGUUCUAAACAUUUCUAUUUAUACUGGACUGAACGACCCUGCCAAGACUCCCAACUUUGUUCGAUAAGACUAUCAACACGGGGAAAACAUGUCCCACUUAUCAUCCCGUCAUGGCACCGAAGCUACUGAGAUAUAUGAUGAAAUGACGGAAAUGUUAAAUGGUUCCAUACGGAAUUCUCAUGAUGACGAUAUCCAAGCUUCAAAUUAUUCAUCUAGUUUCUUAACUCGUUCUGGUUCACCAAUGGAAAAAUCAAGGAAACCAGCAGAUUCUUUCGAAUAUUCGGAUACACCGACUCUUCGAGAUGAAUUCAUAUCAAGACCGAGGAAUUCGAAUCAGACGAGUAGGGCGAGAUAUUGGUUGAAUAAGAUGACUUUAAAGAGUAGGAGGAAAUCAUCAUUUAAUGAACAUGAAGGAUUUGAAGAUCUCAAUACAGAUACAACUUCAGAUGUUGGGGAUGGGUUAUUGACGGGUUUACAUAAAACGACCAGGCAGCAAACGAGAAAGAAUGGAAUAUUCAAUUAUUUCGUCUUUGGGGGGAUAAGUGGUCUAGGAAUAUUAUCAAUUCUCCUUUUCACAAAUCUUAUACUCGGGGCCGCAACAUUAUUUUGGGGUCAUGAUAUUGAUGACGUUUUAAAAAAUUGGGGGAAAUCUGGAACAGGUACAGAAAAUUUAGCUUGGUAUCCAACCGACUUCACACGAGAUAUAAAUCCUGUUCCAUGUCAUUCGCACAAUGAUUAUUGGAGACGAGUACCAUUAUUCGAUGCAUUAAGAGCAGGAUGUACAGGAGUGGAGGCAGAUGUUUGGCUUUUCGAUAAUGAGUUAUACGUUGGACAUAAUACUGCAUCAUUACAACGAAAUCGAACAUUUCAAUCCCUUUACGUUAACCCUCUUGUCGAAAUUCUCGAACGACAAAAUCCAACUACUGAUUUUUACAAUGGAACAAAUCAUGGAGUUUUCGAUGCGGAUGAUGGGAAAUCCCUAACACUUUUAGUGGAUUUGAAGACUGAUGGUGCAGAAACAUGGGAAUGGGUCCUCCAACAACUCGAACCAUUACGAAAACGUGGGUGGCUUUCUUACGUGGAGAAUGAUACUUUACAUACUCGACCUAUUACUGUUGUUGGAACGGGCAAUACACCAUUCGAUGUCCUUACCAAGAAUUCAACAUAUCGCGAUGCAUUUUUUGACGCACCACUUGAUACAAUGUGGGAAUCAAAACAUGUUACUGAAGAAAUGAAAGAUUGGUCUAAUCUUGAAGACGAUGCACAAGAAGAAGGGUUAGAUAAAGAUCAAGAAGAUGCAGAGGAGCAAGUCUCUGAAACUUCAACCUCGAGUGCUGUAUCGAUUCCAGCGAGGAAACCUAUGCCGAUUCCUCAUAAGAAACCAAAUAAUGGACAGGGUAUGUCUGGUGUAUCACCAGAUACUGAUUUUAAUCCCUUGAACUCAUAUUACGCAUCUGUUUCUUUCAAUAAAGCAGUGGGUACAAUAUGGAGAGGAAGGCUAAGUCCUAAACAAAUGAAGAUCAUUCGUGGGCAACUUAGAGGAGCACAUAGAAGAGGAUUGAAGGCUAGAUAUUGGGAUCUGCCAAGUUGGCCGAUUGGGUUAAGAAAUCAUGUUUGGGAUGUUCUUGUUAAAGAAGGAGUCGAUUACUUGAAUGUAGAUGAUUUGAGAGCGGCAGCAAAACAAGCCUGGUGACGAGAUUUAUGGAUUUUAUUCUCUGACAAGAGUUUGCAAAGACAACGACGAUGGAUUGUGUUAGGCAUAGUGGGGUGUGUAUAUGAUGUUGAGCUGAUGAUCGAUCAUCAUUGUGUUUGAAUAUUAGCAUGGGGCAUAUGUAUGAGGGCUUGCUGGUGCAUAGAUGGCGUUUUUAUCUGCAUUAGCAUUGGGUAUACCUUGGGUGUGGUUUGGCAUAAAGGUGUGAUUAGUGUGAUUCCAUCCGAAUAGUUUAGUAUAGAAAUCAAAAUAACGUUUACAUUCUG